GGCGUGACUGCCGGCCCGCAGGUCUUCGUGGAGCGGUCCAGCAGAGGCCUGGUGCGGCGCCGGCUGCGGCUGAAGGACUUCCGGGACGCCUACCCGCGCUUCCCCCCGAUCCAGUCCAUCCACGUGUCGCAGGACGAGCGGGAGUGCACCAUGGACCUCUCUGAGUUCAUGAACCCGUCGCCCUACACGGUGCCGCAGGACGCGUCUCUGCCGCGGGUCUUCAAGCUGUUCCGGGCCCUGGGCCUGCGGCACCUGGUGGUGGUGGACAACCUCAACCAGGUGGUCGGGCUGGUGACCAGGAAGGACCUCGCCAGGUACCGGCUCGGGAAGGGGGGCCUGGAGGAGCUCCCGAACCCCCAGAACCAGAACCAGAUGCAGGCCCUGGACAAGAGGCUGGUGGAGGUCAGGGAGGCCCUGAGCCAGAUCAGGAGGAAGCAGGUGCACCAGGACUCCGAGCGGAAGGCUGCCCAGCAGGAGGUCGCCCUCAGCCUGGCCAAGCUGACGGAGCAGCUGCAGCAGGAGGAGCAGGACCGCGCAGUGGCCCAUGGGGCCCUGCAGAAGGGCCAGGCGGAGGCCAGCAUGAGGGUGGACCACGAGGUGGCCAGGAUGCAGGUACCAGCGGGCUCCCCCACCCGCUCCCCCCAAGUGCACACCGGCCAGCCCUGGCUGUCCUGCUCUGACCCGGGGCGGCCCCUGGCCCGGAGGACCCACGUCUCAGACAGCUUGGACCUGUCUCCCCGGUGCUGGGAGCCACACUGCAGGGCCGCGUGUGCGAGGGCAGCGGGUUCCUUCGUGGAGACAGUGCCGCGCUCCUGCCGCCUGCCCACGCGCCCUGCGCGGCCACCCUCCGCGCUGCAGCAGGAAGAGCGCCGCCUGGUGGAGCAGUGCCAGGGCCUGGACGAGGCUGUGAUCCAGCUGACCACCUUCGUGCGGCAGAACCAGCUGUCCCUGAGCCAAGUCCUGGUGUCCCAGCAGGAGGCUUGGGACGCCAAGGGGCACUUGGAGGCGAGCCAGGCGGAGGAGCUGACCACCUACCUGCGGGAGAGCCUGGAGGCCUCGCAGCUGGCGGGCGAGCAGGCCCAGCGGGAGACGCACCGCGCGCUGGAGCUGCUGCGAGAAAAGACCCAGGCCCUGGAGGCGUCGGUGGCCAUGCUGGGCAGGCAGGUGACGGAGCUGAGUGACCACUUCCUGGCGCUGAACUGGAGGCUGGACCUGCAGGAGCAGACGCUGAGCCUGAGGCUGGAUGAGGUGACCAUAGGCCCCCUGGAGGGUCACGCCAGAAAGUCGUGCUGGCAUCCUGCCCAGGCGUCUGCUUCAUCCCUGAGGGGCCAGUCACGGCAGGUGGGUGCAGCCUGCCGCUGGUGGUCAGUCACCUCCUGGCCCAGCCUGGCUCUCAGCGUUGCUGCCCGCACCAAGGACCUGGUCUGGGAGUCAAGGAAAGCGAAAGUUUGA